CCUAAAGCAUUGAACAAACUGAUUUGGCGCGUUAACUAAUAUAACUACUAUUCUCAAUAAGCUUUACUUCUCUUUUGUCUUCUUUGUUUAACAGCAUUAUAAACUCUGAAAUUAACAAAACAAGAUUGGAAAAACGCUACUGGGAAUUUCAAGACAUGUUCAAUAAUGGAUGAAAAUUCACUAAGAAGACUUCAACCAGAUUGGUACUCUCCAACUCGCCUUCUAAGCAAUCCAGUGGACUAUGAUUUUCCUGGAGAUAGAUUUAUACCGAAUAGAAGCCUGAUGGAUCUUGAUCAAGCGCACACAUUACUCACCAACAGAACCAAGAAACUCGGAAAACCCAAGUUCAAUGAUGAAUAUAGAAAGAAGAUGGAAGAAAAUUUAAAGUUGGAUGUGGAAGGAAGACCAUUCCGAAUGCUGGUUUUUAGAGGGAGUCCCAAAUCGGGUAGACAAUCCACACGUUUAAUUGAUGAAAUGCGGCGUAGUGAUGAAGAAAUUCCCCUGCAAAAUAAUGACAAUAGGCGAUAUCGAAAGUUUCCCUUGAAAGAAACUCGAGCUCUAGAUGCUCCUCUUUUGUCAGAUGACUAUUACUCAAACAUCAUGGAUUGGGGAAAAUCCAACAUACUUGCUAUUGUUCUGGGAUCAAUUUUGUACAUCUGGAAUGCUCAAGUGCAAAAAGCACAGAUAUUGAUGGAAGUAAAGCGUGAACACGAUUAUCCUACUAGUGUUGCAUGGUCUGAUGAUGGAAAAACAAUAGCAGUUGGUUGUAAUUCCUCCAAACUCCAGCUCUGGGAUGCUCAGACUUCCAAGCUUGUGAGAGACCUGCAAGGCCAUCAGAGCAGAGUGGGUUGUGUUGCAUGGAAUAGUCAUAUUUUAACCUCAGGGAGUAAAGACAGAGCUAUUAUUAAUCAUGAUGUGAGAGCAAGAAAUAGUUUGGUCUCUCUAACGAGAGUACAUGGAGGGGAAGUUUGUGGCAUGAAGUGGUCUAGCACGGGGAGUGCACUUGCUAGUGGUGGAAAUGACAAUCUGGUGUACAUAUGGGACAUUUCCAAGAUGAGCUCAAGACAUUAUAUGCACCGGUUCAGUGAACAUCAUGCUGCAGUAAAGGCCCUAGCUUGGUGUCCAUAUAACAGUGAUGUAUUAGCCUCUGGAGGGGGAAUAGAUGAUGGAUGUCUUAAGAUUUGGAACACACAAAAAGGGACAUGCAUCAGCACCACUGAAACUGGAGCUCAGAUUUGUGGACUUCAAUGGAACAGGCAUCACAAAGAGAUAUUAAGUGGCCAUGGAUUUGGAACGGGUGAAUCUCCUUGUCAGUUGUGUUUAUGGAGUUAUCCUUCAAUGGCCAGAAUAGGAGAGCCAAUGCGUCAUGCUUCUUCAUCAAGAAUUCUGCAUCUCUCCCAGAGCCCUGAUGGUUUGACUGUGGUAUCGGCUGGAGCAGAUGAGACUCUUAGGUUCUGGGAGAUAUUUGGCCCCCCUGGGGAUGGCUGCAGUGCAAAUAUCACAGAUUUGGAUAAUCUCUUGUCUCUAAAGGCAUCAGCAGUGAGAUAAUCAGCUGCUUAAACUUUGUAAAUGAAAAUGUUGUAAGAAAUAGAGCUUUGCAGGUGAAUAAUGCCUGUCACGUAUUCUACCAAUCCUCUGUGUCAAUUCUGAGCAAGCAUGAUAGAUCAUAUAUUUCUAAUCCUAUGGUAAAGAAAGCUACAGUACAUCUAGUUCAAUUCCAGAAAAAACAGACACCCCCCAUGA